AUUCCGCCGCUGUUCUUUCAAUUUUUAGGGUUCUAUUUCUCUCUCUACUUCUAGUUCUAGAAAGAGAGAGCAACUGCAGCAGCCAUUUUCGUUCUAGUUGUGAAUUUGUCGACGAUUCACGCUGCCGAAACUCCAUCCACAUUCGAUCUCGAUCUUCAAUUCUCAGAUAUGGCUACAGCGGCUCAGCUUCGUCAUUCACCUGUAUUAAGAAGAAGCCAGUUCAAUGAAUUCGCUGCUAAUCGCUCUACCUCUCUUCAAUCCCCCACUCGUUCGGCUAUUUCAUUUCCGCAUUCCUCCUCCUCCUCCUCCUCCAAUCUCGUUACCCUUCGCAUUGCCCUCGCAACAAACCCUACUUUACUCGACAAAUUCCAUCCUCCAUGCGCUGUCGGCGGCGGCGGAGGAGGAGGAAAUGACGGAGCUGGCGGAAAGAGCGGUGGAGGCGGAGGCGGUGACAAUGACGGAUCUGAAGAUUCUUCAAAGGAUUCGUCACCAUCAUGGGUUGGACCUGUAGGUGCUUUCCUGAAUGGAUGGAGAUCGAGAGUUGCUGCGGAUCCCCAAUUUCCAUUCAAGGUUCUAAUGGAGGAAUUGGUAGGUGUAAGCGCUUGUGUUCUUGGAGACAUGUCAUCUCGACCUAAUUUCGGUUUGAACGAACUGGACUUCGUCUUCUCAACUCUAGUCGUUGGAUGCAUACUGAAUUUCGUCCUUAUGUAUCUUCUAGCUCCCACCAUUUCCAUUUCCUCCCCUAGCCUGCCCGGUCUUUUCGCCAAGUGCCCCACCGGCCAUAUGUUUGAACCGGGAACUUACAGUCUAGUAAAUCGUUUCGGGACAUUCGUUUACAAAGGAAUCCUAUUUGCUGCCUGUGGUUUUGCAGCUGGUCUGGUAGGGACAGCAAUCUCAAAUGGGUUGAUAAAAAUGAGAAAGAAGAUGGACCCAACAUUUGAGACUCAAAAUAAGGCUCCUCCGACACUAUUGAACGCUGCUACUUGGGCGACGCAUAUGGGUCUGAGUAGUAAUUUCAGAUAUCAAACACUGAAUGGGGUUGAGUUCUUGCUAGACAAGAUUUGCCCACCAAUGGUGUUCAAGAGCUCUGUGAUUGUUCUUAGAUGCUUGAAUAAUGUUCUUGGUGGGAUGACUUUUGUUAUGUUGGCAAGGUUGACUGGUUCACAGUCUGUUGAUGGAGGAGGAGGAGGCAAGGCAGAAAAAGAAGUUUCACUGAGUGAGAAGUUGCUUGAAGAUGAUGAAGGAAGAGAAGACAAACCCUAGUCUAGUCAACCAAUCAAUCUCUCCCAAAUUUUGUCUCCUUCUUCAUGAUGAUGGGAGAGAAAUGAAGGCUAAGGACUGUUUGGAUGAGAUUGUAAUUAUGGGCGUCUACUGUUCAGAAGAUGUGUAGGGUUACAUGAUCGAUCUUUGCUUGUUUCAUGAGGUAUUUUUAAUGGGUUUUACUUUUAUGAAUAAUAAUAAAUAAUAGAGCUUUUGUUUGACUCAUAAUUCAGAAAAUCAGAUAUUUUUAGUUUUGUGUUUAUAUAUCUUGCUGUCCAAACACAAUUUCCCAGUUUCUUUUCACUUUAUAUGUAUUAUCUAUUACUAUUUACAGUCUGUUAA